GAGCUGCUCCCCAUCGAGCUGGACGAGAUGGUGGGCAAGGGGCAGUUUGCAGAGGUGUGGAGGGCCAAGCUGAGCCACAGCCGCUCGGGGCAGUACGAGACGGUGGCUGUGAAGAUCUUCCCCUGCGAGGAGUACUCCUCCUGGAAGAACGAGAGCCAGAUCUUCACCGACGCCAGCCUCAAGCACGACAGCGUCCUGCGGUUCCUCACCGCCGAGGACCGGGGCACGGGGCCGCGCCGGGAGUACUGGCUCAUCACCGCCUACCACAGCCGGGGCAACCUCAAGGACUACCUCUCCCGCCACGUCCUGAGCUGGAUGGACCUGCAGAAGAUGGCGGGCUCCCUGGUGAGCGGGGUGGCCCACCUCCACAGCGACUACACCGCCUGCGGCAGGCCCAAAAUCCCCAUCGCCCACCGGGACAUCAAAAGCACCAACGUCCUGGUGAAGAGCGAGCAGGAGUGCGUGCUCUGCGACUUCGGCAUCGCCAUACGCCUCGACCCUGCCCUGACGGCGGACGACUUUGCCAACAGCGGGCAGGUGGGCACCGCCAGGUACAUGGCCCCGGAGGUCUUGGAGUCCAGGGUGAACCUGGAAGACCUGGAGUCUUUCAAGCAGAUGGAUGUCUACUCCAUGGCUCUCGUUUUGUGGGAAAUGGCCUCCAGAUGUGAAGUGGUAGGAGAGGUAAAGAAUUACGAGCUACCUUUUGGGUCAAAAGUCCAGGAGCAGCCCUGCGUGGACACCAUGAGGGACAUCGUGCUGCAUGGCAGAGGGCGGCCCGAGAUCCCGAGCAGCUGGCUGCUGCAUCAGGGGAUGCGCUUUCUGUGCGACACCAUCACGGAGUGCUGGGACCACGACCCCGAGGCUCGCCUCACCGCCCACUGCGUGGCCGAGCGCUUCAACCUGAUGGCCCAGAUGGACUGUGACGACAUCCUCAACAACAACACGGACAACGAGGCCAGCAAAACAGCUUCUCCAGGUGGGGAGCACCAGGACAGCGAAGGGGGCAGAAACACGCAGUGACUCUGCAGGCAAAAGGCCUCACCACGAGAAACGAGAGGAUAAGCAAGAAGUACUUCGCCCAUGGGGAAAAAGCCCUCACACCCGUUUUCAGAAUGGAACUGAGAUCUAGUACAUAACUUAUUUAUACGAUCUGUUUCCUCCCACAGAUACAGUGAACUGUGGAAUUGAUACUUUGGUUAAAGUGCAACAUUAUCUAUGAACUGGUUUUGUACUUACUUUAAAUGUAUAAUGAUGCAAAGCAUUCCUUUUAUUAUUUUUUAAAAUAAUAAUGUUUACUCUUUUAUUAAUAAGCA